UCAUUACACACACAUCUUUACGUCCAUGAAAUGUAUGUGUGUGUCUGUUUUGGAGACUAUGACCUUCAGUUCAAAUGAAACUACUGCAGUAAAAUGUCCUUGCAUGCCUGUUCCUGGAGAUCUGUACUUUGGACACUGAUAUUUUAUAAUGACGACACGUGUUUGUAAAGUGUGUUAAACAUGUGAUCGACAGUUACAGGUUCUGCCCGACGUGAGCGGAUCGUUUAUUGGAAAUAAAAGGUUAAUAGAGGAACACAAUUAAAAAAAAAAAAAAAAAAAAGUAAUGCACAUUGUGAUCCGCCGAUACCAGUCCUCGGACCGGAAGGAUGUUGAAACGAUUUUCCGAGAUGCAAUAGAGGAGCACAUCAAUCCCGCAUUCAUCUACGCCAUGACCCAACCUCUACACAUCACUUUAAGUCUCUUCAUUUACAUUGGUGCUUAUGUAGUGAGUGGAGAAUCUGUCAUAUUGGCCUUACUGGUUGGAGGAUCCUGGGUUGGCCUGGUUUAUUUCUGCUGCUAUGAGUUCUAUGCUGGCUACGUCCGGGCGAGGCUGCGCACAGACAUGCAAGACAUUCUGGGUUAUUAUCUCCAUAAUCUAGACAACUGCUUUUGGGUUGCAGAAGCUGAGAUGGACGGCAGGCCUCGGGUUUUGGGUGUGGUGGCUGUGGAAGCCAAAAAUGACCCUGGAAGUGAUGGGAAAAAGUAUGGAGAGCUUUUCCGAAUGAUUGUUUCGUCCACCUGUCGCCGAACUGGUCUCGGUUUACGGUUGGCUGAAACUGUCGAAGACUUCUGCAAGGAACGUGGCUUCUCAAAGAUUGUGCUUUCGACCUCUUCUACUCAGAGAGCAGCCGUGGCGUUGUACUUUAAGUUGGGUUUUAAACUUGUCCGGGUUCAUACUCAAUCUGAGUUCCCUAAUUGGCUAGUCUGGAUGACCCGAGUCACAAUUCUGACAAUGGAGAAGGCCAUUUGAUCAUUAACAGGUGGUUAUUACUUUUUUCAACUUUUUAAAUAGUAACGUCAUCAAAACUAUGAAUUAACACAAAUGGAAGUAUAAAUUUAUGUAGUGACCAAAAAAUGUUUAACACUAAUUUUACACAAUAUUAUUUACACAGAUUUUUUUCCAUUAGACAUAUUAAGUUUUUUAAUUGAUAUAAGGCAGAGUUUAUCAUCCUGGCUAUAUAAUGGAUAUAACGGUUUAUUGAAAAUAUUAAAUAAUCUGACUUGAAGAGCCAGUGAAAUUAGAUGUUACCACAUGAUGCACAUUUUUUGAGGUUUACUGACAAAUGGUUUUUACUGUGUAGUACAAUCACAUUGGACUGUGUUACUUAAAGCUAAAAACUCUUUUUUUAUUAUUGAUAUUUUUCUUUCAUAAUCAUAGUGGCAUAUGGAACUUUUUUAACAGUCUUUACAUUUAAUUGGUCACAGCUUUUAUAAUGCUUUUAUAUCACACUC